CGCGAGGCGGGGCGGCCGCGGGGGAGCUCGCAGCUCACGGUGGAGGUUACUCGCAACCUCUGGAAGCAAAUCACAUUUUAGAGGCGGUUACGGUGUUUCAGUAGGCUGAGGUGUAGUGAGAGAUGAACCUGCAAAGCCGCGGCCGGUCCGAGCCGGUCCGAGCGUGUUUUCGCUGUUCCUCACGCUCUGCCUCGCAGGAGAGCCACGGCCGCCGAGCUCGUGCCCGUGAAGUCACGCACCGAGACAUCUUAUUCUGUGACAAGAGUUCUUCUCCCAGUUGCCUUUUAUGUGAUAUCAUUUAAUAGUGUGAACUGCAGGGAAAGGCUAAAGCAGGGUAGGGAUUGACGAGAGUUUCCUCUGCUACUGGCUGUUCUUCACCGAUAUCGUUGGGUAAUCGCAGUGCGUUGCUGUAACUUAGAAGAGAAAUGCCGGGUAGUGCUUCUGUUUCUCUUAUGGAUAAAAAUAACUUCAAAACAAAUUUGCAGUGAUCAGAAAUAAUCAGUGAAGACAUAAGACAUUCUCCAGAAUAUUUAUUGUUCGCAUAAUGAAGAUCUCUCUGUUACAGCAGAUGUAUAAAGAUGUAUUGGCAGGCAUUCCGCUAGCAAAGGAGAGCCAUCAUUAUACCUCCUUCCUCAAUCUGUGUAUUGAGCAGUCACCAGAAAGAGAUGAAUCAUGUAAUCGGAUGCAUCUGUCAUCUGUUAACAGUGGUAUUAGCAGCCAUCAGAACCCUGGUAUUUCAGAUGCUGUUGUCCCCAUAGCAGAUGAUGCAUCUAAUAACUUUGCAAACACGAACUCCUCAUUGUGUCCACGAGAAGUGAUGCUGCUUCAGUUAACUUUGAUCAAGAUGAUGGUGGCAAAAGUACAGUCCCAGGAAACUGAAUUCAGUACAAGACAGAAGUACUGUGAUAUCUUUGUCCUUCUUGUGAAGGAGACACAAAUUGACUCAAAACUGAUAUGUCUGCUCAGUAGUUCUGAUCAGCUGUUAUCUCACAUGGCAUCAAAAAGUUUAGCAUCUCUUGUGUAUUUCCAGCUGAAGGAAGAGAAUACAUUAAAUGUCACCUGGCUCACCUUUAGUUUGAAGAUUCUGUCAGAAUUCCCUACAAAUACUCAAGUAGCAGAAUGUCUGUGGACACUUACAGCUAUUAUCAGGGAUACUUUGAAAGAUAAAGAUUUACCUAAAGCAGGUGUCUUGAAGAAGUUGCUGGCUCCUCUCGAUGCUGUGCUUGAAGGAUUUUAUAAUUCCAUUUUGUGCCAUCAUUUUGACAGUCUCCACUAUACUUCACCUUAUUCUGAAGCUGCAAACAACUUGAUCAGUUUCAUAGAUCUGCUUGAAGCUCUUUUGGUUUCCAGAGUUGAGUUAGAAUUACCACUGAGAUGCCAGAGAGUAUUAUUUUUGAAAGUUUCUUAUGUCCUGAAUGUCAUUAGCUCAUCAGUUCAUUAUUUGUUCAAGAAGUUGUUCAUUAUGCUCCUCAAAAAAUGUGUCCUUUACAAAUCUAGAGAAGACUCUGUAAGCGGAUCACCAUUCUUACAAAAGCCGUAUUUGUACGAGGAUAUGCUUGCACUGAGUAAUGGUGUUCUGCAAGGUGUGAAUUUGACUUGGCUUAAUCAGAUCCCUCUCAGUGAAAAAGCAAGCUACUUUGGAGGCAGUGAACCUCAUCCUGAAGAUAAUACUCACGGUGGUGUUGAUCAAACCCUUCUCAGAGCCCUAAGUCUAGUUGUGCUUAAAGCACUGGAAUUCAAGUUUCUGAACUCUACUACAGAAGCUGAAGUCAAAGGAGAGUUUCAGAGUUCCAUGUCCCAGCUGUUGACAUUCUGGAGGGGUCAUCUGACAUCUUCCUCGUGUUCUCACCCAGUUGUACAUAACUGUGAAUGGCUUUCCUUGAUUUUCAUAGAGCAAGAUGAUGAUAUGUGGGAAGCUGCUAAAGCAUUGUUACUCAUUUAUUUAAAAAGUGAUAGGUUACGACAUGAUGCUGUUGAUGGCAUAAGCCUAGAAGAGGCGGAAACUUGGAACUUCUUUACACAUGCAAAUGGCUAUAAUCCCCACUGUGUCUUUUUAUUUUUCCUAAAAAAUAUUGCAUUUGAUUCCACAGUUCUUCUAGAUUUUUUGAUUUCAUCAGAAACUUGUUUUCUGGAGUAUCUAGUAAGGUAUUUAAAACUUCUUAGAGAAGACUGGCACCAUUUUGUCAACAUCUGUAACCAUUUUGAUACAAAACAUGACAUUUUUCAAGCUAUUUCCUCUGACAAGUCACCUCAUCAAGGAAAACAAAACUGUAUGACUGAUGUGAGCUUGCAAAAUACUUGUUGUGAACCAGGUCCGCAGGUUCUAUCUUUGGCUUCUUCUCGCAAUUACUUGGCAUUUACAACAGAGCAAGGUGAUAAUGAAGUUGCAGAGUCUAACCAGUCUAACUCACUGCUAUGCACUGAUAGCACAUUUCUGCCAGGUUCUCUUCAAAGCCUUGUUAAUUAUGACAGCUCAGAAGAUUCUGAAUCGGAGUCAGUUGGAGAAGAGUGUUUGGCAAACACAGAGCAGAUGCCUUUAAGUUAUGAGGCAAAGAUAAGGGAAGCUGUUUCCAGCUGCAGAGAUGAUAAACAAAAUACACUCAAAUCUGAAGUGUUACCUCUGAAACAAAAGGGAUCUAAUACUUCAUCCGUUCUGGCUUCUGCAGUGUCUUCAGAUAAUAUCAUUCCGCUAAGAGUAAUGCUUUACAAAUCAACAGCGUGUUUGGAAGAAUUGCAAAUAGCUAUUUCGAGGUUGCAGAGGAGAAAUCUUUUCCCAUAUAAUCCAUCUGCAUUGUUAAAACUUCUAAGUCAUGUUGAGAAGAUCAGUAAGAACAUGAAUCCACAGUAAGACAAAGAAGUGUUCUCGUGAUUUCUCACUAGUAUACAAGGGAAUAUUUACGUAAGAUAAAUUCUAAAACUCAUGCAUUUUGCACCUAUUGUGUAUUUGAAUUCAAUAGGCUAAAUUUGUUUUUGUUGACACCUUAAAAAGAUCUUAAAAUCUGCAGUUGCAUUCAGUGACCUGACCCUGUUACCUUAGAGUCCUAGGCUUAUUCAUGGUAUGUAUGUCACUGUACUGUACAUAUAGAGGGAUUGUUAGGUAUUAAAAAUCUGAUAAUAAAUGAUUAAUCCGAACGACUAUCAGCAGUAUAUGGUAUUUAAAGUGAUAUCAGUUAUACCUAGUGUCUUUCUAAUGUAAGAAGUCACUGCCAGAUUGGUAGUGAUUUAUGUACUCCAGUGUGGUGUUACUGCAACUCUUAAGUGUUUUGAGGCUGAGCCAAAUAAAACCUUUUAGUCAGGGACA